AUGGCUCAACCUUACGAUGAGUCCUCCACUACGAGUGUGGAGGACAGCCAUCGCAUGAGUCCUGGAAGAUAUCUUGUUACUCGAGUCUCAACGCUGGUACCUCCGAUGAACCCAGCUCCCAACCCAUUCAAAGCGCUUGCAAUGCUAAACAAAGAGCAGUGGCUCUUCUUCUUGGUCGCUUUUUGCGGUUGGACAUGGGACGCCUUUGAUUUCUUUACCGUCUCCCUCACCACCUCCGGCCUGGCGGAAACAUUCGACAAAUCCAUCUCCGACAUUACCUGGGGCAUCACCCUAGUUCUGAUGCUCCGGUCCAUCGGCGCCAUCACAUUUGGCAUCGCGUCCGAUCGCUGGGGUCGCAAAUGGCCGUUCAUCGUGAAUAACCUCCUCUUCAUUGUUCUGGAACUCGGCACGGGUUUCUGCCAGACAUACAACCAAUUCCUCGCCUGCCGUGCUCUGUUCGGAAUCGCCAUGGGCGGCCUAUACGGCAAUGCAGCGGCUACCGCCCUCGAGGAUUGUCCCAUGGAGGCACGCGGUAUCGUCUCCGGCCUGCUGCAGCAGGGCUACGCCUUUGGAUACCUGCUAGCCACGGCGCUUGCACGCGCUCUAGUCGACACGACCCCGCACGGCUGGAGGCCAUUCUACUGGUUCGGUGCCUGUCCUCCCGUUCUAAUCAUUCUCUUCCGGCUCUGUCUGCCUGAGACUCAAGCCUUCCGCCAGCGCCAGGCCAUCCGCGCCGAAACCCGCGGCGGCGUGGCCUCGUCGUUCCUCUCAGAGGGCAAGAUCGCGCUGAAGCGCCACUGGCUGCUUCUGAUCUAUCUCGUCCUGCUCAUGGCCGGAUUCAACUUCAUGUCCCACGGCUCCCAAGACCUCUACCCCACCAUGCUCCAGAACCAGUUCCGCUUCUCCCCCAACGCCGUCACCGUCACCCAGGUCAUCGCGAACCUCGGUGCCCUCUCCGGUGGCACCCUCUGCGGCUGGGCCAGUCAGAUCUUCGGCCGCCGCUUCUCCGUCAUCGCCAUCAGCAUCGUCGGCGGCGCCCUACUCUACCCCUACACCUUCAUCUCCGAUAAGUCCGUCAUGGCGGCCGCGUUCUUCCAGCAGUUCUGCGUGCAGGGCGCAUGGGGUGUGGUCCCGAUCCAUCUAAUGGAGCUUUCGCCCGGUCCUAUCCGCACCUUCGCCGUUGGCACUGCCUAUCAGCUCGGUAAUCUGGUCUCGUCUGCGAGCUCUACCAUCGAGUCGACAAUUGGGGAGCGGUUCCCGCUGCCGCCGACGGACAAGGUCAAGCACCGCUACCAGUACGGUAAAGUGAUUUGCAUCUUCAUGGGGUGUGUCUACGCGUAUGUCAUCAUCGUGACCUUUCUCGGUCCGGAGAAAUUGGGCCGCCAGUUUGAUGCCGCGCAUGACUCGGACUUGGCGGCUGCGACUGCUGAACGGGGAGUCAUCGAUGAAGAUCUUGAGAAGGCAACGGCUUCACACAAGGCGUGA